AUGAACCAGCGGGCUCCGCCACGUGCCAAACUGCGGGCAGGGUGCAACAAAGUCGUCACUAUUGACAGGCAGGGGGACGGCGGUCGACGAGUCAAAGAAAAUAUUUUCUGCCACGAGAUUGAGGAAGCCACUUCCAAUCUUUCUUCUGCUUGUUUCCCCCUUGAGAGGCGACAAAUAUUGUACCAGAAGAAGAGGCUCCCAAUGUUUCGAGGGUCGGCCGUUCAAACCGCCUGUGAAAGAGACAGAGACCCUGGGGCAUGGGGAGUUUAUUUUAGCGGAAACGGGCGAGUGCACAGCUCACAACACAACGCAGCAGCAAGGGCCCCUCGAGGCGGGUCUUGGAUUUGUAUGGAACCACCCAAGAUGCGACGCAGGGUAGGGCAUAGAUAG